AUGAACUCUGCUUCAACCAUUGUCGGUCAAGUUAUCCAUUGUGUUUACACUUGGCUCCCAAGACCGGCUAAAAACAAGACUAAAGAACAAAAGAAGGGCCAUCAAGGGCAUAAAAAGCGCGUAAAUUUUUCACAGCAAGUGAAAGAACAAAGCGAGGUUAACUCCCGCAUGCUGGAAAGCCAUAAAAGCUCCAACCGGCUUCCGAGUACACCGGACCGCCCCAAGGUUUGUCUACACUUCCUGCCUAAAGAUUACAAAGAAGAUGGUGUUUUUUCUCAACAAGAUUUUGCAAGCUGUAAUCUCGAGGUAGUUGGCUACAAAUUUUUGUCGAACGAGAAAAAGAUCAGCAAAAGAUCUGCGCUUAAGAAGUGGUUGCGUCAGCGCACUAACGUCGUCCACAAUGAGAAUUUCCAUUUGGAUGAGCGGUCCCAUGGAACAAGACAUGAACUUUGUUUUAGAGAGGUUUUUGAAUGUUCCCCGCGGCUAGCAGGUAUCAUUAGGGAACGUAUUUAACUUCUAGUAGUUUUAAGUUUACCGCGGCAGGGAGUUGCGCGGAACUCGAGCUGGUCGACAAUAGUGAGCUUUAAUAAGCAAAGAGUUUUUUGAGCGAAGUACGUCAACCGGAAGUGGCGUCAACCGGAACCGAGCGGUGUGGUUUUGUCCAAAUUCUUAGACAAAUCUCUGAUCUAUAAUAGUAAAGACACUUAGAAAUACAAAUUUGGUAGCGUUAAGGUGCUUUAAAAUUUAAACGACCUCACCGGCUUUCGGUUGACGUGCGUCGCUCAAAAACGCCUUUGCAAUGAGCUUCCUGCUAGCGCUUGCAUGGGGUCCAGACCGUAAUAGCCCCCGUCUUAGAAGUAAUUUAACCCUGGCCAGUUAGUAAACGUCUGUGGAGUAGUAGACUACGAGUACUCUCCCAUUUUUCCUCAGGGAUAGUAGAGCGCGCGUGAAAAUCGCAUUUCGCUCGCUCUACUAUCCCUGAGGAAAAACGGGGGAAUACUCGCAGUCUAGCGGCGUAGCGCUGAGAUCAUUAGUCUGGGCCACCAAAGGACUCAACAAAAUGCCAGAAGUGCGUUUCAAAUUUUCUUCCAAGUUGAUUUGGCAAAUUGACGAUGUCGUUUUAUAACAGACUCGACCAAUCAUGGCGCGUACUCAAGCCUGGUACAUAGAUGGGGUCCAGAACAAGGAUUUUGGCGCUGCUUCCUCACAACCUCGUUCCCAGGUUUCUCUCCUACCCGCCCUAGCUCCGUAGGGCGGGUAGGAGAGAACCCUGGGAACGAGGUUGGAUCCGUAGACGGAUUUAACCCAAACUAAGUGGAACAAUUAAAAUAAAUGUUUCUAUGUGGAAACUUCGUUCUUAAGCCAUUGCAUAUCGGAGAAAUUCAUGUCAAAUAACAAAAUAAUGCAACUUGCUUACUUCUACUGGAACACAAAUGAGAAAAAAGCCGACAAGAAAACGACCUUAUUUCACGAUGUAAUCUGCCAUGACUGCGAUAUUGCCCUAUUCUUCUGGAAAAAUGCACCAUAGGAUACUAUUCGAUCGUCGUCUGGAUUUAAAGGGACUGUGUCACGAUAGCUUCGUGCACUUCUCCUCAAUGACUUCGAAUUUUCUCGACAAUGCUUGAACAAAAAUACAAAAUAUGGUGUUUAAAGGGGCUAUGUCACCCCACACGCAUGCGCGAACCAAUGAAAACAAACUUGAAAAAGUUGGCCCGUCUUUUUCAAGUUCUGUCGGAGAUUUUGGGAGGCUGUUUUUAUCUGUCUAAAUCUCAGCCAUCGUUCGAUAGUUAGCGAAGUUUUGUGUUAAGAAUCGUUCUAUGGUGAUUACAGAAUAAUUUUUUGGCGUUAUUUUGAAAUUGUUUGCCUGUGGAAUGUUUUUACGUGGAUUUACUGUGUCCUCUUAUCAGCGGCCGUUGUAAUGGCAGAGUUAAUGACGGCUACUCCACAAUGAGUGAUGGAAUCUUUGAUGGAAUCUUCCCUAUAGUUCACAGAACCUUUCUAUUGAGUUAUUUUAGAGGUUGCUGGCUCUUGGAUUUUUCUUGUGCUCAAAGUAUGUGGACAUAUAAUGAAGCGGCUAUCGAGUUGGCGGCGGCCGUUUUUGGUAAACGAUUACAAGAGCAUCAGGCCAUGAGUUUCGUGACCAAACUAAACUCCUGGCGAAGGAAACAUUAUAAAAUUCGGCUAGAUUCCUUCUUGUAUUUAUCUGGAUUCACGGCAAAGAUAAACACGACCGUUUGCUCGUCCAGAUUGUUCUCAACGGACUUAGAGAGGCACCUUAGUACGAGUUAGAUCCUGUAAAUGCCAUGUUUUUGAACUGUUUGUGUUCGAGCAUAUUUUUGGAAAAUAGCAGAGUUUACUUUCCCUUUUUAUCAACGGACUGCUUACAGUGGAGUAGUAUACCAAUGAUGCCUGGUUCUGUUUUUCUCGACGUCGCAGUGAUUCGGCACGAUCGAACAAUUUUGCGCGAUAAUGUAUCUUUCCCUAAGAUCAAAACAAAGACUUGAUGUCUCUUGUUCUCAGCAUCUAAAUUAUAAAAUCACUAGCGACAGACAAGUCUAAUUGUUAAUGAUUUGAAACAGCCUUGGUCUUUAUUUUUGGUGUAGCGUCUUUUGUAGCUCGUUUGUAAAAUACAACUUCGAUUUAUUUUGUUGAAUAAGACAAUAUGUUGUUGUUGAAUUUUUGUUUGCGCACUAUUUUAUGAAUGGCAUGCGUUUUUACGCCAAAACUACAAGUAAAAUUGUGGUCACAAUUUUAUUCUUGAUCUAGCAUAACCAGAGAAGAAACGUUCCGUAAAUUCUAUCGAAAUAUCCCUUAUCUAAACCCAUUUCGCUUGUUAACCUCUCUAAAUUCGGAGCCUUGGACGUGACAGAGAACAAGGAGAAAGUCACGCGUUAAAAACAAUAGAAUUUUGACAGUUGAAAGUAAUUUGCAUAACCUCAGAGCGCAUGCUCUCCAGCUGACAUAGCCCCUUUAAAACUUCCAAAAUGGACCAAAUAGCUCUUGAAUACUGAUAUUAUGGCUUUCUCGGGCGUCUCAGGGUCGAUGGAAGAGGAUUUCUUCACCAACAGCCAAUCUUGAAAAAACGUUCGCCGGAACAGAAAUCAAGAUGCCGCACAUGCGCAGAAGCGUGUCACGGUCCCUUUAACCUGAGUUUAGUUUCGUCUGUCACGCAAGCUAUAACCGUUACAGAGAAACAAAAUACUGCCAUAAAAAUCUCUGUAAAAUCCCUUGUCCGUCCAUUUAACAUCGUAAGAUUUGAAGUCCGAUGGGAUAUCCAAAAGCCCUCAUCUGCUGCGUACUUCGAGCUGAGCUGAGACACAGUGAUUGACAGGGAAACAAAUGCUUUGCUUUGUUUUCGUUAAUGCAUCGGUUAAUUACCGUAAAGCCUCUAUCGAGGCCUCUUUUCUUGUAAUACUCCUUUUAAAAAAGAAUGUUAUGAAUUCCCCUUCCUUGCCUUCUUUACUGUUACAAUCCGCAAUGGGUCAUUUGUGAGUUGCCUACAGCCUUUAUUCAAGCUAGGCUAAGUGCGAAGUACUGAGUAGUUACCGUGUGGCACGAAAUUUUUGCGGGUUCUAAUUUUUGCGAUUUUGCAGUGAUCCGCAAAAAUAAGUUCCCGCAAAUGAAAAUUACUGCAAACAUUUUUCCCGCAAAAAUUUACUCAAGAGUAAACAUUCUUUCUAAUUUGCUACACAAAAAUACAGUACUAAAAAAAUCGCGUCUGUUGAGGUCAUCUUGGUUCUUUCGUUCAGAAACAAAACGGUAAACAAUGAAAUACUGGUUUUACAUAGGUUACGCACAACGUAGUAUUCUUUGAAAAUAUGUAUUUCUAUUUCACGUACUCAAUAAAAACGAAAAUAUUAUCAAUGCUGGGUACUGGGUACUUUCUGAAAAUUGCAAAAAUUAAUUCCUAGCAAGAAAACCAAUCUGCAUUGCUGUCCUAAUCGCAAAAAUUAGUUCCCGCAAAGCACAAAAAAUCGCCAAUCCGCAAAAAUAAACUUCCGCAAAAAUUUCGUGCCACAUGGUAAAUCAUUUUCUUUUAAAUUAUCAAUGCUGCUGUAUUGUAGUUUACUACACAGCCGUUUUAAGUGUCGUCAAGCGACUCUUCUCCCCACGACACUAAAAACGACUGUGUACAUGUAGCAGACUAGCUGUAUUGAGGAAAGCUGACUUUUUGAACUAGCAUCACGUACAAUAUGUGGGUCACGUGCAACGAACAGAGAACGGUCACAUACCAAGGGGCGUAAUAUUAUAUGGCGAGCUGGCCACUUUACGGAGGCACACACCAGACACCAGCUAGGAACUGAACACCACCGUGGCUGGCGCCAUGCUGUUUAAGAAGGCGAAUCAUGAGUGGCAAGAAAAAGCGGAACCAAUCAAAUCACAAAUCAAAUCAAAUCACUGGUUUAUUUUCCCUUUUGCAAUCGGAAGACUGAAUUGUAGGAUACCUUACAAGCUGUGACAAAAUUUGAGAAACGUUCAGUCCUUGUGGCCAUGAGCCUACUAGUAUAGAACUCCCCGAGGUAGACACACAUGUGGUAGAUAUAGGUACCACUCUGUUAUGUAUUAGUGGGUAUAAAGGGUUACCUGGUCGAACCGUACCUGUAAAUUUAAUACACGAGACUGCACGACGGUCAGAAAGAGUGGAUAAUGCAGCUUUUUCAAGUGAUGUUUCAUAAGAAAUACCUGGCCAAAUGAUGGAAAGGGCCCUUUUUUUCACAUUCUCAAGAUAGCAAGCAAGAUAAACAAAUAAGUGGCCGCCAUGACUGGCGCCGAUUGUUUAUGGGAACCAAAAUGAGAACCAAAAAUUGGAUGACAGGAGACAAUGAAUACAGAAAUGUACAAGAAUUUAGCAGACUAAAUCGUCCAAUCCACUGUCCAAACGUGUUUGUAACAUCUGUGAAAGAGACUGUUACGCAAGGAUAGGACUUAGUGCUGAGACACUUCCGGCAAAACUGCAAUCAACAUUGCCUAGCUGAUUUUGGCCAGACAGACGCGUGCCUACCAUAGCUUCUGUUUCAAAAGGAGCCCCCAACUGUGAAUUCUUCAAAAGUAAAGAUUUUGCUUAAUUCGCGAAUGGCCUAUUACAAUCAAUUCUCUCUAUAGCGGACACUUCAGAGACCUAGUGUCCUCAUUAGAGAGAGCUGUGUCCGUAAUAGCGGAGUCAAGAAUAUCUGUAAUUUAUUUUAUCCUGGGAUUUAGCUGCUGUCCGUAUUAUCGGGGUGUCUGUAAGGCGGGAGUUGACUGUACUCUGGCAAAAGAUUUACGCCAAACUGCACCUCUGGGAUAACAGUACCACAAGUGGUUCUUCUUCUUCCUUCGCGAUUAGCAGUACGUUGAACUUGGCUAAUUAAGAGCCUUUUCCACUUAGGCUCUCUCCACUGAUUUCCGUCCCUUAGCCGUCAAGCACAGCUUAAACAACCCCCCCUCCCCGCCGCCCCCCGCCUCCUCCUCCUCCGCUCGUAGAUAGGGGAGUAAAUGACCGUAUAUGGUAUCUUGUUCUUGUUAUUGCAGAUUCCAGAUACCAAAGGGAAAAUCCUGGACUCAAAGGAAGGAGACGGUUUCCUAGGAAACAAUGGUCAAAGGAAACAUUGCUCGGAACGAUUGACGGGGAAAUUAACAGCAGCUUAGUUGACUUGAAUGAAUCUCUAUCUGUAAUUAGAGUUAGGCCUUCUUGUGCGUAA